AUGGAUGAAAAUAUUAUUAUAGAUAUUAAAAAAAACAAAAAAAAAAAAAAAUAUAUUGAUAAUGAUAUAGAUAAGAAAAAAUUAUAUUACAUUAGUUUUAUUUGUGAAGAAGAUGAUAUAAAUUUUUUUUGUAAUUUUUCUGAGAAACAUGAGGAAGAUGUUAUAGGAACAGAACCCAUUUCCAAUUUAAAAAAAAAUAAAAAUAAUUCAAGUGGUGAAAUAAAUUUAAACAUCGAUAAAAAAGACAAUACAUCUAACAUUCUUAAUAAAAUAUAUUUCCAAAAAUCAUAUUUAGAUAAUCUUAUAGAAAAUGAAAAAAUCAAAAAUGAUAUUAAUUCUCAAUCUUUUUGUUCUUACAUAUAUAGUAAAUUUUUUUUAAAUUUUUGUAAAAUUUUAUAUAAUUGUCAUUAUGAAAAUAAAGAAAAUUAUAAUUUUAAAAAUAAGUUUGGAAUGGAAAUAUAUUUUUUUACUAAAAAUAACAAAAAAAUACAAAAGUGUAAAAUCAAUAAUUGUGGUAAUUGUUAUGAUACAAAUAAAUGUUCAUGCUGUCUAGAAAUCGGAAACAAAAAUAUAAAUAGUCAAUAUCAAAUUUGUGAAUCUAAAUUUAACAAAAUAAAUAACAAUUUUGUUUUGUCUCCUUAUAUUGCAUAUACACCAUUGGAAAAUUCUGUACUCGAAUAUUAUAUGCCUAACAAGAAAAUAUCUAAUUUUAAUUUUUUAGUAAAAAAUGAAUCAAAUAUUGAAAAAGAUAAAAAUAAAAAUAUUUACGAAAAUUUUAACAUAUGUGACAUUUUUUUAAAUACGGAAAAAAACUGUGAUGUCAAACAGAAAAAAAAAUCUUGUGAAAUUGGAAAAUCCUCGAAAAAGAAAAGCGGCUUUUAUGUACCAAAAAAGGGCGAGCAAAUUUACCUUAAAAGGAGCAUAGAUGCCAAUAAAAUAGUAAAAAAUAAAAAUCGAAAAGAGAGCAAGGCAACCAAACCAAACGACACAAUGGCCAAACCACAUGACUCUUCUUUUCUCUUAGACAAUUAUACGUCGAGUGACGAAAAUUACGUUUCUUUUUCAAAUUUUUUACCAAAUAAUAAUAAAAUUUUUGUGAAAAAUAAAAACAAAUUCAAAGAUACAAAUCUGAAAGAUAAUUGUUUAUUAGAAGAAAAUGACGGAAUGGCCAUUUUUUCUCAUAUAAUGAACUUGUGCAAGCAAAAUAAAAUAUUUUCGUUUAAAAAAAAUAAAUGUCCAGAAAAUUGGAAAAAAAAAAAAAAAUCAACAAAAAAAAAAACCAGGUUGGAAAAUGAUAAUUGUAAAUUUUAUGAAAUCGGUUCUGAAAAGAUUAGUGAAAAGUCAUACAAAAAAAAUGAAUUUGAAAAUAAGAACCCAAAUUUAUUAUCACAUUAUCAUAAAAAAAGAAGUUUCAGUACAUACUCUUUAGAUAAUUAUAAAGAAAAUGGAACAAUAUCUCCAAAAAAUAAAAUGUAUAAAAAUGUGAUCUAUAAAAAUAACAUUGAAUUAAAUAUACAACAAAAUAUUAUGAACACGAAAAAUAUAAAAAUAUAUAAAGACCUAAAAUUAGAAAGAGAAAAAAAAAUCCAAAAAGAAGGUCACGAAAUGGAUAUGCAUUAUUAUGAACAUUUUUUGAAAAUGAAAAAAAAAAAUGAACAAAAUUUUCUCAAAAAUCAAAUUUUAAACGGUUUAAAAAAUCAAACUAAAUAUGAUCCAUCUCAUUUAGAAGACAUUAUUAACAAAAAAAUGAUUCAUAUGAGAAGUGUAAAAUUAAAUAGAAAGGAAUAUGUUCCUAAUUUAAAUUUAUAUAAACAUGAUAAAAUAAAACAAGCUCAAUGUAAUUUAAAUUGUGUAGACACCAUAUCUGAUAAAACUAAAAGUCAUGUUGUUAUUUCAUUAAAACUGUCUACUAUUAUUUCUCAUAAAUUUUGUUCUUUAUAUAUAUGCGAAAAAUAUGAGGCAAUAAUAGAACAUUAUAAAUAUCAUUACAUAUAUAUAGAUUUUUAUUUAACUUAUAUUUAUUUAAAAGCUUUGAUAAAAUUAAAGAAAUAUAAUGAUUGCUUAAAAUAUAUUUUUGAUAUUAAUCGCCAACAAUUGAAUCCAUUAAAUAAAUGUAUUCUUUAUUUUUUUUUGGGUAAAUGCUAUGAAAAGUUAUAUAAAUAUAAGUUAAGCACAUCAGAAUAUUCUAAGGUAAUUAUUCAUGGUGUUAGUAUAAAUAAAAAUAAACAUAAUGUGUUUCCAAAUAUAUUAAUAGAAGAAAAAAAAAAAUAUAAAAAUUAUAGUUUUGAAAUUUAUCCAUUUUUACUUAUUUGUCUAGAUAAAUUAAUAGGUACAUAUCAAUUAAAUAAUUAUGAAGAAAAUAAUUUGUUAAAAUAUUUUAAAAAUAAUUAUAUUAUUUACAAUCUUAUAAAUUUUUAUACAGCCAAAAUAAAAAAUAAAAUUAACAUAAAAUAUGAUGAAAUUAAUAAUUGCAUGAAUACAAAAAAUGAAAUAAAUUUUAAUGAAUAUAUUAUGUCUUAUCAAGAUAUGUCUACAAAAAUGAAAAAUAUAAAUAUCAUAAACCAAAAUAUAUCCAAUUUUAAAAAUCCAUAUCGAAUUAAUAUGGCACCAAGUCGACCAAACAACCAAGAAAAUAAAAGUAGCGAUAACGGUAAUAAUAUAGGAGAUCAAAAUUAUUUCCAAUUUUUUAAUAUAAAAAAUGUUACAAAUAGUAGGAUGCGGACACAUACUAACAGUAGCACUCAUAGUUGUGUGGGAGAAAAAAGAAAUUAUUGGGAAAAAAAUAGCGAUAUUACAAAUAAUUACAACGAACAUACGUGGGAAGAAAAAAAGAAACAAAAAAGCAAAUUUCCACACAAUAAUAAUAUUUUCGACGUUUCGUAUGAACAAGUCAGAAAAAUUAAGAAGAAAAAAAAAAAAAAAAACAAUGAGCUAGCUAAAAAUAUAUAUGUUAAUUUGAGCAACAUUUCAUAUGUUGCUAAAAAUGACAGUGAUUAUUUUGACUAUAAAGAAAUAAUAGAUAAUAACGAAUAUAGUUGUUUAUAUGGUGAAAAUAAUGCAAGCAAAAAUAUUAUAAAAAAACUUAUUUUAGUUUUCGAUAAAAUUAUAUCAAAAAAUUAUGCACACCAUCAUUUAGACAUAAAUUAUGAUGAUCUGUUUUUUUAUAUCCUACAUGGAUUUUUUCAAAUAUAUUGUAAAAAUAUAUUAAAUUCAAUUGAAAAUUUUGCACAUACAAAUUUUUUAAAUCAAAAUAUUUAUAAUUUUAUAAGAAAGGUAGGUCUACAACUUAAAUUAGUUAAUGUAUAUAUCGAAACUCCAUAUGUAAUAAAAAAAAAUAAAAUUAUUGAUCAAACUAAUAUAUUUUAUAAAAAUCAGAAUAAAUGUAAUUUAUAUAAAUAUAAAAAUGUUUUACAUAUGGAUACAAUCACAUUGGAAGAUCUCAUAUGCAUAAAUACAUUCUGUUUAAAAAAACAUUAUUUUGUUAAUUCAUAUUAUAUUAGUAAAUAUAUAUUAAAAAAAGAAAAAGCAUAUGAUAAUGAGGAGGUUAUUAUAUUAUAUAUAACUUCUCUUAUAAAUAUACCAGACAUAAUUAUAAGUAAGAAAAAUAAAAUAAAAGAAUUAUUACUUUUAUUUCAUAAGAAAAUUAAUCAUAUUAAAAAAACAAAUAAAUCAUAUUAUUUUAACCCAUCCAAUUAUAUAUAUAUAUGUGAUUACUUAGAUUAUUUUAUAUAUGGAAUAAUUUAUUUUUUAAAAAACAAUUUUAGAAGAUCUUCUAAAUAUUUUAAUAAAUGUAUAAGCAUAAAAAAGAAUUUUUAUUUAUGCUAUAUUUAUUUGCUUAAAAUAGCUUUAACAAAUAAUACAUUAACUGGUCAGAAUAAAAAGUUAAUUUUUUUUACAUGUUUUAAAUUAAGAGCUUAUAAUAUUGAACCUUAUUUAAUCUAUUUUGGUCAUACUAUAAAAAAAAUAUACCAAGAUAUAAACAAUAAUAAAAAAUAUAAUAACAAAAAUAUAACCAUUAGUAAUGAUAAGAAUAAUGAAAUAAAAUUACAUUUGGCUAUUCGUCAUUUGGAAGAAAAUUUUUCUAAAGCAAUAAAUUUAGACAAUGAUAAUAUUUUUUUAUAUAAUGAAUUAUUUGUUUAUUCUUUUUUAAAAAAAGAUUUUUCUCAAUGUGAAACUAUUAUGAAUAAAUAUUUUCAUCCUGAAAAUUUGUAUUAUAAAUCAUCAAAAAUUAUAUUUUCGGCAUCUUUUAUAUUAUAUAAUUCAAGUAUUUACAAUUAUAUUUGUACAAAAAAAAUGACUAUGUCAGAAAAAUAUUUAAUAAAAAUUUUAAAUACCAAUCCAUUUGAUAUCAAAUCAAUAAAUUUGCUAACACAUAUUUUGUUUACAAAAAAAGACAUAUAUUGGAUACAUUUUUUUGAUUAUUCAAUAUAUUUAGAAAAUAUUUUAUAUUUAAAAAAAAUUAUUUCUUAUAAAUCAUAUAUGUGUGAUACAUUUUUUAACAAGCUUAAACAAAUCCAAGAUAUUCAUUGUUUUAUAGCUUACUAUAAAAUAUUAAAAAAUGUUAAACAAUUUUACAAAUUUUUUAAAAAUUAUAUUAAAACACGAUCUUUUAUGCACAUCCACAAAUUUAAUAACAAAUAG